CAAUCUCACUCAAUCUCUAUUUGUCUCCUCUUGCGUGUAUUGCUUGUCUUGUUUUGUCCGGUUUUUUGGGUUAAUAUUUAUAUUACAGAGUUAUUAAUUGUGACUAAUGUAUAUAAUAGUGAUCUAACACCUGUUUUAGAAUAAUACAAUGAUGUAAAUGUGUAAAAGAUUGUUUUCUUCUUAUAUUUUUGUUUUAAAAACAUGUUGGGUAAUUCACACUUUGGUGAAAAUACAUAACUUUGAGACUGGUUAUUGUGGACAAUGAUGGCUUCGAUGGCUGCAGGCGGACCUGGGGAUCCGCAUACCCAGAUGAAUACCUACAGGAGCUAUGUGACCAUGCUGGCGGACCCGGGCGCCAAGGAUGAGAUCAAGCUGAAGGCAGCCCAGGAACUCAGCGAAAACUUUGAGGUAAUACUCAGCUCCCCUCAGUAUCCACAAUUCCUAGACCAUUCCCUGAAAAUAUUCCUCAAAAUACUUCAAGAAGGGGAACCACACUUUAUAGCGGAGUAUAAUAUUCAGCAAGUGCGGAAACUGAUCCUUGAGAUGAUCCAUCGUCUCCCCAUCAGUGAAACAUUAAGGCCUUAUGUAAAAAGUAUAUUAAUAUUGAUGUUAAAACUGAUGGAGAUAGAAAAUGAAGAAAACGUCCUGGUCUGCUUGAAGAUAUUUAUGGAAUUACACAAACAGUACAGGCCUACGUAUUCCACCGAAGUGGAUAUUCACAAGUUUCUGCAGUGGGUAAAAGGUAUAUAUUCAGACUUGCCUAAUCAUUUGCCUAAAAUAUUUGAACCAAAACCGACCAUCAGGGUGAAGGAUUUGUCGGAAGUGAAUAUAGAACAACUGCUGCAAGAGACAUACACUACUACACCGAUCCAUACUGAGAAGAAGCUUCUCGACGGCAGUGUUGUUACUUACAACUUAAUCCCAAGAUCAGUGUUAUCACUGAAGGUAAUACAAGAGUUACCAAUUAUAGUAGUUCUUAUGUACCAGUUGUAUAAGCAAAAUGUCCAUCAGGAAGUCAGUAACUUCAUUCCUCUCAUUAUGGAAACUAUCACUUUGCAACCUGCAGCUACUCACAGACAAUCAGCCAGUUUCAACAAGGAAGUUUUUGUGGACUUCAUGGGUGCGCAAAUUAAAACUUUGGCGUUCUUAGCGUAUAUUAUAAGGAUAUAUCAAGAUACGAUAGCCAAUCAUGCCAAUUUGAUGGUAAAAGGCAUUAUUGGUUUAUUGACGUUAUGCCCGCCUGAAGUAGCGCACCUGAGGAAGGAACUGGUGAUAGCUACUCGACAUAUCCUUGCCACAGAUUUAAGGCUGAAAUUUGUACCUUACAUGGAGCGUCUAUUUGAUGAGGAUGUCCUGCUCGGAGGAGGGUGGACAGUCCACGAGUCCCUACGUCCCCUCGCAUACUCCACUUUAGCAGACCUGGUGCAUCAUGUCAGACAACUCCUGCCACUGACGGACCUUGCGAUAGCUGCACAUUUGUUUUCAAAGAAUGUGCAUGAUGAAUCCCUUCCUACUAGUAUCCAAACAAUGUCUUGCAAGUUGUUGCUGAACCUAGUGGACUGUAUUCGUCAGAGGUCCGAGAGUGAGGGUGCGGCCGCGGCCGGCACCCAGCCACAAGGGCGACAGUUGCUCAUGCGCAUAUUGGAAGUAUUCGUACUCAAAUUCAAGACCAUAUCCAAAUUGCAACUGCCUGCUCUUAUGAAUAAGUGUAAACAAACAACACCACCAGUGACCGCAGGUAAUGGAACAGCUCCAGGCACCCCAACUACUCCAAACCCUUCCACCCCCUCAGUAGAACUCAAGGUAGAUGAAGAGAAAUUAGCACCAGACUUCAUAGACAGUAUCUCCAAGAAUGACGAGAAAUCCAAGAUAGGCUUCCCAUCCUCACAAAUGAAUAACCUGAACGUUGGAGAUUAUAGGACUCUGGUCAAAACCCUGGUUUGCGGUGUCAAGACUAUAACGUGGGGAUGUGCUUCGUGCAAGCAGCAAACAACAACGAAUACAGAAGGCACGUCCACGACAACGAUAACUGGCCAGAAACAGUUCAGUGCUCGAGAAACGUUAGUUUUCAUACGCCUUGUGAGAUGGGGCUUACAGUCUCUGGACAUAUACACGCUGGCCGCGCCACGUGCGCCGGCGCAGCCUCCCGCGCAACCACACGUGCGGUCCAAGGAGGAGAAGGAAGUGCUUGAACAUUUCAGUGGGGUGUUUUCGAUGAUGAACCCACAGACCUUCCAAGAAAUAUUUACUGCAACCAUUUCCCACAUGGUAGAAAGAAUCAACAAAAAUACGACAUUACAAAUAAUUGCCAACACAUUCUUAUCCAAUCCUGCAACGUCACCGAUAUUCGCGACCGUACUUGUAGAGUACCUCCUGCAGAGAAUGGAGGAAAUGGGAACCAAUGUUGAAAGAUCAAACCUUUAUCUGAGACUUUUUAAACUAGUGUUUGGUUCCGUGAGCCUCUUUCCGACAGAAAACGAACAAAUGCUAAGGCCACAUCUACACAGCAUAGUCAACAAGGCCAUGGACUAUGCUAUGACUGCCAAGGAACCCUACAAUUACUUCUUGUUACUGAGAGCUUUGUUCCGCUCUAUCGGCGGAGGUAGUCACGAUCUCUUAUACCAAGAGUUCUUACCACUUCUACCGAACUUACUCGAAGGACUUAACCGGCUGCAAAGCGGCCUACACAAGCAACACAUGAAAGAUUUAUUCGUCGAGUUAUGCCUAACUGUGCCUGUUAGAUUAAGUAGUUUGUUACCCUACCUACCAAUGCUAAUGGAUCCUCUAGUAUCUGCGUUGAAUGGAUCACAUACUCUAAUAUCACAAGGCUUGAGAACAUUGGAGCUUUGUGUAGACAAUUUGCAGCCCGACUUUUUGUACGAACACAUCCAACCUGUCCGGGCCGAUCUUAUGCAAGCUCUCUGGAGAACAUUGCAGAACAAUGAAGUAGCAAGGAUCGCGUUCCGUGUCCUCGGUAAGUUCGGUGGAGGCAACCGUAAGAUGAUGAUAGAACCACAGAGGUUGGAAUAUAGAGAGACCGACGCGCCACCGCCUGCGAUACAGGCGUAUUUCCAAGACCAACCGAAACCUGUAGACUUCGAGGUAGAUAAGGUAAUAGAGACGGCCUUCUCUGCCCUUAAAUCAAGCAUGACUGAUCCAUUCUACAGACGACAAUGUUGGGAAGUGCUGAGAUGCUUUUUAGCUUCGUCCCUUCAUUUAGAUGAUGACAAACAAACAUUACAGAAGUUGUUUAACCACCCAAGUUUCGUAGAAGGCAAAAUUCAAAUUCAAAACGGGCCUUACUACAAGUGCUCUAACAGUAUCGUGAGAAACACGCAUCGUACCGCUCUUACUGGUAUGUUCGUAGCUGCAGCUAUAAAGGAGUUACGUCAUCACGUCCUGCCUACGAUGGUGUCCUUAGUGAGACACUAUACCAUGGUGGCGAUAGCUCAACAAGCGGGACCAUUUGUUGAUAACACCGCACCGAAAGAGGGUCUCGAUCCGUUGGUGCUUGUCGAUGCUAUAGCAGUGAUAAUGGGUCACGAGGAGAAGGAGCUAUGUAAGCCUGGUCACCUUGCGUUGGUACUAAUGAUAGAGACGGCGGCUACAGUGCUGGGUAGCAGGGAGCGGGCAUGUCGACUGCCUCUAAUGGAAUACCUUGCCGAACGUAUGUCAGCGCUGUGCUAUGAGCGAGCCUGGUAUGCCAAGUUGGGUGGUUGUAUUGCCGUCAAGUUUAUGGUGGAGAAGAUGGCACCAGAGUGGGUGUAUAAGCACGUGUUCACAUUUUUGAAGGCUGUUUUAUUCGUUAUGAUGGAUUUGACUGGAGAGGUUUCAUCGGGUGCGAUAGAUAUGGCUACCGUGAACUUGGAGCGAUUAGUUCGGAUUUGCGUCGUGGGUCCUUGCGGUCAGAUGGUGGAGGCUGAGGGAGACGUGGCUGUGGCGAAGGCAAGGGCUUUACACGAUGUCUUACAGGAACUUGUUCUUCAAGUUACUAGUCCACAUCUGCUUGUACGACAACAGGCAAUGAAAUCUCUAGAACUCAUAGCGGACCUUCAAAAGAAAACAGUGACAGAAGUAAUGGAUCCUCACAGAGAAGUACUAGCAGACAUUAUCCCGCCCAAGAAGCAUUUGUUACGUCACCAGCCUGCUAAUGCGCAGAUGGGUUUGAUGGACGGAACCACGUUCUGUACCACAUUGAAACCAAGGCUGUUUACAAUAGAUCUGAACAUAAACGAACAUAAAGUAUUUUUCCGGGAGCUACUAUCUCUUUGUGAGGCCGAAGAUAAUAUGUUGGGCAAGUUGCCUUGUUAUAAAGGCGUAAACUUGGUCCCAUUGAGAGCAUCCGCGCUAAAAGCCCUCGCUGCCUGCCAUUACAUACAAGAAAAACAUUGUCGAGAGAAAAUCUUCCAAGUUUUAUACAAAUCACUUGAGAAAAAUGAUCAGGAAUUACAACAAGUCGGAUUUGAAUGCAUGCAGAAAUUCUUAUCUGGUUUCCAAAUAGAUAUGGAAAUGGUCCAUCCAGUGAUGCGACCUCUUUUACUCACCCUCGGGGACCACAGACAUCUGAGCGUGAACGGUGCCAAGCGGUUAUCGUACUUAACUCAGCUGUUCCCUUCGACAUUCAGUGAAAAAUUGUGUGAACAGUUAUUGCAACUGCUCAAGAAGUUGUUGGAUUAUUCCAUACAAACCAACCGUGGUGGAAAUUUCCUCCAAAGCGUAUCAAAGAACAUGGAAAACGAGCAAAAGAUCAUAAUUCUGAUCGGUAUCUUCCACCAAAUACCGGCUGCGUCGCCUCGGUUCAUAGACGUGUUGUGUCGACUCAUAUUCCACACUGAAAAGUCACUGAUGAUCGAAGCCGGAUCGCCGUUCAGGGAGCCACUCGUCAAGUUCUUAAUGAGAUAUCCAAAAGAGACAUUAGACCUGAUAUUAAGCGACAACAACAUAAAGGACCAACAAUGGAGUCGAUUUUUGGUGUUCCUCAUCAAACAUCCGAAGGCCGGUCCUGCAUAUAGAGAGGCUUUACAAACGGCCAAGAAGCCACGCCUUAUGCAAUUGUUGGCGGCCAGCAUUGGCGGUAAUUUGCCCAACGUUUCAACUGCAGACAGAGCGGAGAUGCAGUUCCAAGCUAUUAGAGUUGUAUCUCUAUUGAUCAAGUUUGAUGAGAAGUGGUUGAGUGGUCAGCAAGACUUGAUCGAACUAAUCAAACGUAUUUGGUGCAGUGACCAAUAUCACGAAAUACACAAGAAAGUUGAAAUAGUCGACUGUACGCACUGGAAGGAACCGAAGCUAAUAGUGAAAAUACUGUUACAUUACUUCGUACAGAAUAAAUCAAGCAUAGACCUGUUGUUCCAGUUGUUGCGAGCUUUGUGUGACCGGUUCAUUCCGGAUUUCCAGUUCCUACGAGAUUUCCUUGAGAACACAGUGGCGCAAACAUACGACAUAGAAUGGAAACGCGCAGCUUUCUUCCGAUUCGUAGAACAUUUCUCCAGUGAUGCCAUGUCGCAGGAACUCAAAGCCAAAGUCCUGCAAAUGAUCCUGAUACCGUGCUUCGCGUACAGUUUCGAGAAGGGACAGAAGAUUGUAGGCGGUACCCCUGCACCCUACCAGGACAGCCCUGACAACGUUGUCUCCGUGUUUAUUAAUAACUUGAUAUCACAGGUGAUUGACCCUGAGAAUCCGUUCGCGUGCUCGGACGCGGUUCGUAUCUCGCUCCUGCAGUUUGCCUGCCUACUGCUGGAGCAGGCGUCGCCCCAUAUACACGACGCUAACAACAAGAAACAGGGCAAUAAACUAAGGAGACUCAUGACCUUCGCCUGGCCUUGUCUGCUGGGCAAAAAUUAUGUGGAUCCCGCGACUAGGUAUCACGGACAUCUACUAUUGAGUCACAUCAUUGCAAAGUUCGCUAUUCACAAGCGUAUCGUACUACAAGUUUUCCACAGUCUGCUGAAAGCCCAUGCGGUAGAAGCGCGCUCCGUGGUCCGUCAGGCGCUGGAGAUCCUGACUCCUGCCAUGCCGCAACGCAUGGAAGACGGUAACACGAUGCUCACUCACUGGACCAAGAAAAUUAUCGUCGAAGAUGGACAUUCCGUGCAACAACUGUUCCAUAUUCUGCAGCUUGUUGUUAGACAUUAUAAGGUGUACUUCCCAGUCCGUCACGCACUAGUGGGUCACAUGGUGGCUGCGAUGCAGCGGCUCGGGUUCUCUGCCACGGCCUCGCUGGAACACCGCCGUCUCGCUGUGGACCUCGCUGAGGUCGCGCUCAAGUGGGAACUGCAGAGGAUACGAGACCACUCGCAGGAUGAUAACGUGGUGGCAACAUCACCAAGCGGAGCUAUGAAGCGCAUAUCAUCAGACGAGAACAGCUCGGACUCCCGCAAGGCCCUGAACACGGGCUGGGCCAGUCCACAGGCCAGCGCCGCGCGGAUGGAGCCCGACGCGGCCAAGCCACUCGACAGGCAACACGUCGAUGUCGUUGUCAAUCUACUGCUGAGGCUGGCUUGUCAAAAUGUGUCCCCACAUGUGCAGGUGAACGAGGGCUCGGUGGCGGGGGGCGGCGCGGCGGGCGCGUCCCCGGGCGAGCAACUGUCGCGGCGCUGCGUCAUACUGCUCAAGUCCGCGCUCAAACCAGACGUCUGGCCUCAUCUCUGCGAGCCUAAACUGGCGUGGUUGGAUAAAGUAUUUUCAACCGUAGACGCAAAUGCUGGUGGAUGCGCAAACGCAUGUACGGCGUUAGAACUGUUAGUAUUCUUAUUGGGAGUAUUGCGGCGGGAACAGAUAUUGGUGGCAUUGAAGCCGCUACAGCGCGGUCUAGGGGCGUGUGUCACGUCCAACAACCCUAAGAUAGUGCGACUCACACACAAUCUACUCGCCAAGCUGACUGCUAUAUUCCCUACUGAACCUACGGGCGCUGCGCAGGCGUCGAAGUACGAAGAACUAGAAGCGCUAUACGCGUGUGUGAGCAAGUACGCGUUCGAGGGUCUGGCGACGUACGAGAAGUCAGCGAGCGGGCAGUCGUCGGGCGGCGCGGGCGGCGCGGGCGGUAGCGGCGCGGGCGGCGCGGGCGGGCUGCUGGGCCCGCUGAUGAUGCUGAAGGCGUGCUGCGCGUCCAGCCCGGCCUACGUGGACCGCCUGCUGCAGCCGCUCAUGCGCGUGCUGCAGCGCAUGGCCAGGGACCACGUCGCGCCCAACCCCGACCACGCCUUGGCUGAUUUACUCAUCUUAGCAUUAGAUUUACUAAAAGCUCGGGUAUCUGUGAUGCCUGUGGAUACAAGAAAAACAUUCAUCGGCACAAUUUUAGUUGGACUUAUCGAGAAAACUACAGAUGCUAAGGUGAUGAAAGCCAUAAUCCGCAUGGUAGAAGAGUGGGUGAAGUGGCGAGGUCCGAUGACCAGCGCGGCCAGUGCCUCCGCCCCGGCGGGGGCUGCGCCCUCGCUGCGAGAGAAGUCGAUCCUGUUGGUCAAGCUCAUGCAGUAUGUCGAGAAACGGUUCCCUGACGAUCUGGAGCUCAAUGCCCUGUUCUUGGAGCUCAUUAAUUAUGUCUACAGAGAUGAUCAUCUGAAAAUGACGGAGCUAUCAAUGAAGCUGGAGCCAGCGUUCCUGGCGGGUCUCAGGUGCCCACAGCCCAGUAUCCGCUCUAAAUUCUUCGAGGUGUACGACCAGAGCGUGCGCCGGCGCAUCUUCGACCGGCUCCUGUACAUCAUCUGCUCACAGAACUGGGAACAUAUUGGACAACACUUCUGGAUCAAACAGUGUCUCGAGUUGUUGCUGGUUACUUGUGUGCCAAGCACACAAAUCCGUCUAUCCAACCCAAAAUAUCUGCUGCCAAGCAUUUCUUCAGUGAUAAACUCGGCUGACAGUGAAGAGAGGAAAUCCUUCGUAAUCUUCAGCACUGUGAAGGAGGAAUCCUCGGACGGAUUCAGUGACUCACUCGAGGCUGAUAAAGAAGAUGUACUGGAUAUGGACCUCGAUUCCAGUUCAAACCAGAAGGAGGAUUGUACUAAGAGUGUUACUAAUAGACUGCGCACCCUGAACCAGAUAGUGAGCAAGCAGUCGGAGUUCCUGGAGCUGGCGCGGCGCGUGCGCACGGAGCAGCUCGUGGUGGCGGCCGCGCAGCUCUGCCACAUGGACGACACUCUCGCGCACCACACAUGGCUCACUCUCUUCCCCCGGCUCUGGACCACGCUCGACGAGAGGCAGCUGGGGACGGUAAUCAACGAAAUAGUUCCGUUCAUAAUAUCUGGAGUGCACGUGGUACAACGCGACCAGCCACUGAGCGCGCUCAACACGUUCAUUGAAGCGCUCGCGCGGUGCAACCCGCCCGUCAGUAUUAAACCGCCUAUGAUGAAAUACUUGGGUAAAACGCACAACCUGUGGCAUCGAAUGACGCUGAACCUAGAACAGAUGGCAAUAGACCAGGCCAGUGGUAGGACGCAGAGGGAGGCGUUAGACAUAUACGAUUACGAUGUUGAAACUACUACGCCUACUGAGGUGCUAGACUCGUUAAGCGAUAUGUUCGAGCUGCUCCAAGAAGAGGACAUGUGGUCGGGACUGUGGCAGAAGCAUGCGAAAUACAGGGAGACUAACGUCGCUAUCGCUUAUGAACAACAAGGCUUCUUCGAACAGGCACAAGCUGCAUACGACGUCGCUAUGGCGAAACUAAAGCAAGAAUACACGGCUAAUCCUUCAUCGUACAAUAUGCACAAGGAGUGCACACUUUGGACCCAACAUUGGCUCAAAUGCGCCAAAGAACUGAACCAGUGGGAUUCUCUUCUGGAACUUGGCCUUACUAGGAGUGGGAGGGAUCCGUUCCUGAUUCUAGAGAGUUCCUGGAGGAACCCCAACUGGACUACGAUGAAGGAAGCUUUAGCUGAAGUUGAAUACAACUGUCCGAAGGAAUUAGCGUGGCUGGUGAACCUGUACCGCGGCUACCUGUGCAUCUGCGCGGGCGGCGAGGCGGGGCUGGCGGGCGUGGAGCGCCACGCGGAGGCCGCGGCCGCCAUGGCGCUGCGCGAGUGGCGCCGUCUGCCGCGCCUCGUCUCGCACGCGCAUCUACCGCUACUGCGGGCCGCGCAGCAGCUCAUGGAGCUCUCCGAGGCCGCGCAGAUACACACCGGUUUGCUGCACAGUCGUCCGACGUCGCUGCACGACAUGAAGGCCAUCGUGAAGACGUGGCGCAACCGCCUGCCCGUGGUGGCGGACCCGCUGUCCCACUGGGGCGCCAUCUUCACGUGGCGCCAGCACCACUACCAGUUCAUCGCGUCGCACUACGACUCGCAGACCGAGCACGGCUCCAACCACAGCAUGCUGGGCGUGCACGCCAGCGCACAGGUCUCUGCCACAAUCCAAAGUUCUGACGCUAUAAUUCACUUCGCAAAAAUUGCAAGGAAGCACAACUUGUCAGGCGUGUGCCUAGACUCGUUACACCGAAUAUACACAAUACCUAGUGUUCCGAUCGUGGACUGCUUCCAAAAGAUAAGGCAGCAAGUCAAGUGUCAUAUCCAGAUGUCCUGGACUGAAGGGAAGGAAGAGUUACAGGAUGGCAUAGAUAUGAUAGAAUCGACGAAUUUCAAGUAUUUCACGAAGGAGAUGACGGCCGAGUUUUAUGCGUUCAAGGGCUUGUUGUUAGCGCAGCUCGGUAGAUCUGAGGACGCGAACAAAGCCUUCGCGGCGGCCGUCCAGCUACACGAUACGCUUGUGAAGGCUUGGGCCCUAUGGGGAGACUAUUUAGAGCAGAUCUUCAUAAGGGACCCGAGACAGAUACAAGUGGGAGUGUCCGCCAUGACUUGCUUCUUGCACGCGUGCCGUCACCAGAACGAAUCCAAGUCAAGGAAAUACUGUGCCAAGGUUCUUUGGAUGCUAAGUUUCGACGACGAGAAGAACAGUCUAGCCGAAGCUCUAGACAAGUACUCAGUGGGGGUACCACCGGUCCAGUGGUUACCAUGGAUACCACAACUACUCUCCUGCCUCGUUCAGUACGAUGGUACUGUUAUACUCAAUCUUCUGAGCCAUGUCGGUCGUUUGUACCCGCAAGCGGUUUACUUCCCAAUCCGCACGUUGUACUUGACUCUGAAGAUUGAACAACGCGAACGACACAAGACAGCGGAGAACAUCGCCGCGGCACACUUACCACACCAACCCACUACCUCUGCAGCUGGCAGUAAGGCGAGUGAGAGUGCAUCGUCAUCGAGCAGUGGCUCCACGGCGGAGGCCGGCCCCAUCAAGGCCACUCUACCCAUGUGGCGCUGCUCGAAGAUCAUGCAGAUGCAACGGGAGAUACAUCCCACAGUACUGUCCUCUUUAGAGGGCAUCGUCGAUCAGAUGGUAUGGUUCCGCGAGAAUUGGUACGAGGAGGUACUACGGCAGCUGCGCGCGGGGCUGGCCAAGUGCCACGUGGUGGCCUUCCACCACCGCGCCGCCGUGGCCGACGCCACCGUCACGCCCCACACACUCAACUUCAUCAAGAAAGUCGUCUCCACCUUCGGCAUCGGCAUUGGUAUAAAAAGUAUUUCUACAAGUUCUGUAAGUGCUGCAUUCUCUUCAGCUGCAUCAGAGAGCCUCGCCCGCCGCGCGCAGGCCACCGUGCAAGACCCAGUCUUCCAGAAGAUGAAAACACAGUUCACCGCAGACUUCGACUUUUCGCAGCCUAACGCUAUGAAAUUACAAAACCUUAUUCAAAAACUGAGGAAAUGGGUCAAGAUACUCGAGGCUAAAACUAAGGUUCUGCCCAAAUCAUUCCUCAUCGAAGAGAAAUGUAGGUUCUUGUCCAACUUCAGUUUGAAGACUGCGGAAGUGGAGUUACCCGGGGAGUUCUUGCUCCCCAAACACACGCAUUAUCACGUACGAAUCGCACGGUUUAUGCCACGCGUGGAGAUUGUGCAGAAGCACAAUACUUCGGCUCGUAGACUGUACAUUCGUGGACAUAAUGGCAAGAUAUACCCGUACCUAGUUGUCAACGACUCGGGGCUGGGUGAUGCGAGGAGGGAAGAAAGAGUUCUACAACUACUAAGAAUGUUGAACCAUUAUUUAGGAAAACAAAAGGAGACGUCGAGGAGAUUUUUACAUUUCACUGUACCAAGAGUCGUUUCGGUAUCGCCACAAAUGCGUCUCGUGGAAGAUAAUCCCAGUUCGAUAUCGCUAUUGGACAUUUACCGUACUGAGUGUGCGAACAGGGGUGUGGAAUACGAUGCUCCUGUCGCGCGAUACUAUGAGCGACUCGCAGCAGUACAAGCCCGAGGUUCACAAGCGUCGCACCAAGUCCUACGAGACAUUCUCCGCGAAGUGCAAGCCACGAUGGUGCCCAAGGGUAUGUUGAGAGAGUGGGCUGCGGCGACAUUCUCGGCGCCGACGGACUACUGGACAUUCAGGAAGAUGCUGACGCUGCAGCUGUCGCUGGCGAGCUUCGCGGAGUACGUGCUGCACCUCACCAGGCUGAACCCUGACAUGAUGUAUGUGCAUCAGGACUCGGGGCUCCUCAACGUCUCCUACUACAAGUUCGACGUAGACGACAUCACAGGUGAAUUGGAUUGCAACCGCCCGGUUCCUUUCCGACUGACACCGAACAUCUCCGAGCUGCUGACAUCUAUAGGUAUCACGGGGCCACUCACGGCCUCCGCUAUCGCAGUCGCUAGGUGUCUUGUCACACCUAAUUUCAAGAUCCAGUCAAUUCUACGCACAAUACUCCGGGAUGAAAUGAUCACCGGCUGCAGAAAGCGCUUAGAAGAUAAGUCAGGGCUGCCAACACCUGGUACUACAACAGAGAACAAGUUAAUGGAGAUGGACGAAGAAACAGUAAUUAACAUGGUCAACAAAGCCGUCACCGUGAUCAUGAACCGACUGAACUCCAUGGCCAGUUUCGACGGGCCUGACAGCAAGGUGGCCACCUUAGUGACGGCGGCAAACAGCCACGACAACCUGUGUCGCAUGGACCCCGCUUGGCACCCCUGGCUAUAGACUGCUCAAUAAUAAUCAUAUAAUAAUAUAUGUCGUUAUUUUAAGUUAGAUUCUUGUCAUGUCUUGAUAAACGUGGUGAGUUCUUUAAAUACAAGAUUUUUUAUGUAGAUAUUUGUAAGUUCAGUACUAAAGUUGAUAAUAAAGUACAGAGGAAUUUAAAUCAUUCUAAACCCACAGCUAAUAUAAUUAUAUAUAGCACUAUUACAUUGAGUCAUUGAAAAUGUAUUACUUUUUGUGGGCAUAUGAUUGAAGCUGCUAUAUUAUUUGUUAAUUUCUUUUAAGUUUAGUCUUAAACAUCUUCGUGGAAGAUUAAUUAUGUAAUUUUUUGUAUAAGUUAUCCUGUUUACAGGAUGUCUCUCUCACUAGUUUACGUUGUAUUCUACGUAGCGCUCAGUAGAAACAGUAAUGUUUGUCUUACUGAUAAGCUCUACUGACUUAUACGUAUGUGUUCAUUCGCAAUUAUUUGUGUUACAUCCGCAUCCGUUAAACAACUGCGAUUACUUACAAUCAUGAGUCGUACACACCUUUGCGAGUGAAAUAAUAAUAAAAAAAUAGGCAUAAGUAACAUUUUGUUGAUAUAAACAUAAGUCGUACGUUCUGUGAUCUCUAAACACGAGAAGUAUUAAAAAUGAACGAGAAUUGAA